GCGGAGCUGCACAGUGGCGCAUCGGUGGAAGUGCAGCGUCAACAGCGGUGGGGAAAAAAAAAAUUGGGAUUGUAAUAACACUCCGCCCGCAGCCCGAUGGAAGCGGCCGUCAACCCGCCUCACGACAGCUCUCUGGUCGGGUUGUCAAGUGGCGGGAUGGACCAACACACCAGUUCUGGCAAACGCAUUCGCAAACCCUCCUUGCUGUACGAGGAUUUUGAGAGCCCGUCUCUGCCACACACGAUGCCACAGGGGCCUCCUGUCCCACCACAACCCCCAGUGAAGGAUCCCAGCCGGCCUGGCCGCAUGACCAACCAGCUGCAGUUUCUCCAGAGGACCCUGAUGAAGUCUCUGUGGAGGCAUCACUUUGCCUGGCCUUUCCACGAGCCUGUGGAUGCCUACAGGCUUAACUUACCGGAUUACCAUAAAAUUAUCAAACAACCCAUGGAUAUGGGAACCAUAAAAAAGCGCCUGGAGAACAACUUCUACCGCAGUGCGAGUGAGUGCAUACAGGACUUCAACACAAUGUUCACCAACUGCUACAUCUACAACAAGCCGACAGACGACAUUGUGCUGAUGGCCCAGUCCUUAGAGAAGAUCUUCCUCCAAAAGGUGGCCCAGAUGCCCCAGGAUGAAAUUGAGCUGCCUCCUCCAGCUCCUCGAAGCAAGAACAGCAGGGGAAGAGGUCGCAAAUCUUCAUCGAGGGCUCAGCAGGUGCCAGCAGUGUCCCAGUCAGCCUACUCCCCUUCUUCCUCGGACACUGGGGAGUCCAUGCUGGCCAACUCUCCACAGACUGUGCUGACCAAAAGCCUUCCUCCGGCCAACAUCAUGGGCCUGCCCCCUACACAGCCCACAACCAAGAAAAAAGGUGUGAAACGUAAGGCCGACACAACCACCCCCUCCACCAUGGGUUUGAGUGUGGGUAUGUCGGGACCAACGCACAUGGUGGGCUUGGGGAAAGGAGGCCACGGGGGCCAGGUCCACGACACCUCCAUGCACAGCAUCUCGUCCAUGGGGGGCAUGAGCUUGGAGACCCCUCCUGGGAUGGGCCUGGUCAGGGGCCCCGGAGGUCCAGUCCUGCUCCAGCCAAUGAUGUCAGCCACUGGACGCAGAGUGGGUAGCGGGCGCCCAAUUAAACCCCCCAAGAAGGACUUGCCUGAUUCUGUCCAGCCCCAGCCCUCGAGGAAGGGCAAACUGAGCCCUCAGCUGAGGUACUGCAGCGGGCUGCUGAAGGAAAUGUUGUCAAAGAAACAUGCUGCGUACGCCUGGCCUUUCUACACACCUGUGGACGCAGCUGCACUGGGACUUCAUGACUAUCAUGAUAUCAUUAAGUGUCCCAUGGACCUCAGCACCAUCAAGAGGAAGAUGGACUGUCGUGAAUACAGGGACGCUCAGCAGUUUGCUAGUGAUGUCAGACUCAUGUUCUCCAAUUGCUACAAGUACAACCCACCCGACCACGAUGUCGUGGGCAUGGCACGGAAGCUGCAGGAUGUGUUUGAGUUUCGUUUUGCCAAGAUGCCCGAUGAACCACACAUGGAUCACACAGCCAUGUCAAUGAGUGGCCACCCGACAUCCUCGUCCUCCUCUUCUUCCUCCUCCUCGUCCUCUUCAUCCUCCACUUCUGAGAGUGAGCCCAGCAGUGAGAGUGAAGAGAGCGAGAGCAGCCCCAACUCGGACAGCGAGGAAGAGCGAGCACACCGCUUGGCCGAGUUACAGGACCAGGUGUGCACACAGCUCCGGGCCGUGCAUGAGCAGCUGGCUGCCCUCUCUCAAGGCCCCAUCGUCAAGCCGAAGAAGAAGAAAGAGAAGAAGGAGAAAAAGGAGAAGAAGAAAAAGAAGAAGCUGGAGAAGCGAAGUCGGGGUGGCAGAAGUAGAGCUGGCUCUGAGGAAUGGAAAAUGCCCGGCAAGAUACUGAAAAGCAAGUCUGCCAGAGCAGGUGGUUCACAGCCCAAGAAAAGCCAGGGGAAGAAGAGUAACAAGAACAGCAAAGCCGCAAAGAAGCCGUUCUACCCCCCAGUGGCCCCUUCAAUGCUGCCGCACUACGACUCAGAGGAAGAGGAGGAGAUCGUGCCCAUGUCUUAUGAUGAGAAGCGCCAGCUGAGCCUUGACAUCAACAAGCUACCAGGGGAGAAGCUGGGUCGCGUGGUUCACAUCAUUCAGUCAAGGGAGCCUUCACUGAGGGACACCAACCCCGAGGAGAUUGAGAUUGACUUUGAAACACUCAAGCCAUCGACGCUGAAAGAGCUGGAGCGCUAUGUCAUGACCUGUCUGAGGAAGAAGCCCCGUAAGCCUUAUGGUGAAAUAGCAGCAAAGAAAGGCAGCAUUGGCAAGUCCAAAGAGGAGCUAACUCUCGAGAAGAGGAGGGAGCUGGAGAGGAGGCUGCAAGAUGUCAGUGGGCAACUCAAUUCUGUGAAGAAACCUACGAAACCUAAAGUGGAGAAGCCCAGCACUGUAGAGACGCACACCCAGCCCGCACGCCUCAGCGGCAGCAGCUCCAGCUCCGACUCAUCAUCCUCCUCUUCCUCGUCCUCGUCCUCAGACACCAGUGAUUCAGACUCUGGUUGAGAUCCUUAGCACUGGCUAAGAGAGAAAACACUAAUAACUCAGGGACUUGGGCUGGCCCAGGACACAACACACCCUGAAACAGUAGUAGGCUGAGAUAUUAGAUACCAUGGCAAAAAAAAAAACACUCCAAGUGGACUCCUAGAAUGUUUUGAAUGUGGGACUGAGGGAUGUGAAACAUCUCUGUGGAUAAUUGUAGAACCCAAACACUAAAUGCCUUGGUUUCCCCUUCCUCCCCUUUGUAAAUACUUGUACAAAUUUAUGUUUCUUUUAUAAAGAAGAAUUUUAUGGUGAUCCCCCAAAGAGGGAAGCGGAGUAAUAAAAAAAGAAAAAAAAGGAUGUGGAAAGAUGGGCCUUACUCCAGAUCUGCUUUGGCUGGCCUUACGCUGUGUCCGCUGUGGUGAGGGAAUGGAAGUGUUUAUUUAUUUGUUUUCUUCACUCACAUUUCCUCAGACGUUACUGGAAUUUGAACCAGCAACCUUUUGGUCACAAGCCUUGCUUUUCUAACAUCUGGCCUUCUACCACGCUCCAUUUUUAGAUCAACCCCUAGAUUCAGCCUUAAUCAACCAGAUUGUUAAUAACGGAAAAACAACAAUAUUGUUAAAGCGCUCUAAAGAUUCCUUCUCAUGUUCACUGCUGAAGCUACUGAGCAGUGAAUAAAAACACGGCUCUGGUAUCUGCCAUUUUCAGGUCAACAUUUUUAGUUCAGUCACAGUUUGAGUUCUGGAUCAUUUCCCCUUUUUAUGUUUACGCACAUUGUUCUUUGAAAACAAAGUGGGUUUAGACAUUAGUACAGUAUAAAAAUGGCUCAACAUACUGUAAUCACAAAGUUUGCAAUUCAGUAACAUUCUCAUUCAGUUUGUAUGGAUUUUGAAGGCUGCACUGUUUUCCUAAAAGCCCACCAGCCACUUUAAGACGGACUAGUCUUCUAAAUACAACACUAAUUGAAGUAAUGUCUUCAGUAAUUUGAAAUCCGUUCUUACUGUUCAGCUUUGGUAUUUCUUCUCGACAUUUUUCUUCAUUACAUCAAACUGUAACUGAAGUGUUCAUAUAUUUCUCAAGAGCUGAACACAGGCUGCUGAAUGUUAUCUGAUAUAGUGCAGGUUUCUUAUUUUCACAUUAAUCUCUUUUAAUGUGAAGUAUUGCGUUUGUUUCUUGAAGACAUCUGUAGCACUUGAAAAACUCCGUGAAGGUUUCUUAAAGAAAUCUUCUGGCUGCUCGGCACUUACUGGAACAAAUGGUGUUGACUGAAUAAACUGAAGCAGAAUAACGCUACAAGUAAAUAAAGAUUAAAGGUAAUCUUUAUUUAGAAAUAGUCCAUGCAUAGUUGAAGCUGUUGUUGAAUGUUCAGUGAAAGACUAUAUGCUUGUAUAUACUUAAACUGUAUUUGCUGUUGCACAAACUAUUGUAUUUCUGCUGUUCAGUCUUUUAUUUUUUCAGUUACCUUGUUUCCUGUUUUUUACCUGCUGUUAUUUCUCAUUCCAGUUAACUGUCUUAGUUGUUUCCUGAAGAGCGUUCACAUGAGCAUUGCCACCUCUGGUCAAGCAGGUUGUUGCCUCUCAGAAGCAUACCUUUCAUUUGACGAGUGUAAUAAUUAAAAUAUUCUCUUCUGUAGAACGA